UUAUCAAGCUCUGCCUUUUUCCUUCUCCCGCCUUUGUCUUUCCUCCAUCCUUUUUUCUUCAUCCUGUCCCCCUCCCAACAGAAGCUCUCCAUUCUUCUCCGCCCCCCACCCACCCCCACAUCCUGCCUCAUCUGCAUCCUCCUCCCCUACUUUUCUCCGCCUCCCCACCCAAGCCUCCGCCCAUUAGCCCCCGCCCCCAGCUGCCAGUCCCCAGCAGCUCAGUCCUGCAGUGAGUCCAUAGCAAAGCACCAGGAGCUGAGCACUGCUGGCUGUGCUGGCUAGCAAGUCUCCGAAUGGCUCAGGAGAAAAUGGAGCUGGAUUUUGAGGCUGACACAUCUGAUGGGGGCACCCUGAGACGGUCCAACAGUGCUCCCCUGAUCCAUGUGCUCAGUGACCUUUCACAGGUUUUUGAGCCAUAUCCACUUAGAACUCGGAGGAACAGUGCGACAAUUAUGAGCCAUCAUAGCUUGGAAGAAGGUCUGGAUAUGAUGAACAGAGAAACUUCACUUGGAAGGGAAGCUCAAGCAGGAAUGCAGAUCAGUCAGUCAUGGGAUGAAAGCUUGAGCCUGAGUGAUAGUGAUUUUGACAAGCCAGAGAAAUUAUAUUCUCCAAAGAGAAUUGACUUCACUCCAGUUUCUCCGGCGCCUUCCCCAACCAGAGGAUUUGGAAAGUGCUAUUCACCAUCCUUGCAAAUGUUUGUGAGUAGCAGUGGCAUGCCAUCAAGUCCUGUUUCGAAUCCAAGACAUUUUUCAAGCAGGAGGAGUCAGAGUCCAGUCAAAUGCAUUAGGCCUAAUGCUCUCGGUCCUCUUAAGAGAAAAGGGGAGAUGGAGACAGAAAGCCAGCCUAAGAGACUCUUCCAAGGCACCACCACCAUGCUGUCUACAGAUGCUGGGCAAUUGUCUGAUCUCAGUUCAUGUUCAGAUAUUUUGGAUGGCAGUAGUAUCAGCAGUGGCUUGUCCUCAGACUCACUGGCUACAGGCAGCGCUCCCGCAGAGUCUCCAGUAGCAUGCUCCAAUUCAUGCUCUUCGUUCAUCUUGAUGGAUGAUCUCUCACCCAAGUGACUUAACCAUUUCUGAUUCAAUGUUUUAACUAUUUCCCACAUAAAACAUUCUGUGGGGAAUGCAGAGAACUUUGAUCCACAAUGGGGAUUAAAGUUUGGCGCAUUGUAACCAUUCCGAUGCUCCUAUUUCUGGGCAUCUCUGUCCUCUGAAGUUCAAUUUUGCAAGCAUAGUCACUUUACUAACAUCUGUUUUGGCUGAUCUCAUUUUGUGUUUGAUAACUAAAUCUCAAAUACACAGUUUUGAUUGCUUAGGGGAUUUUUUUUCUUGGUGCCUCAAAGAGCACCGACUUUCAAACAUUUAAGGGGGGGCACUAAUGUGUAUCUUCUAUGAUUGUUCUUUUCCCUACUGGUGACAUAACAGAGGUGAUCAGAAAUUCUCUUGCUUGAGAGAUUUAUAAAAAUUCUUUGUUGACUACAUAUUUUCCCAUCUCUUUAUUUCACAGUAAUAUUCAAAUUUCUUUGGAUUAUAUCAAAUUUUUGUUGUUCUGCAUCAGCUUAAAAUACAUUAUUUUGUUUUCAUUUCUUGUCUGAGCUGCUUACUUGCCAUCUCUCACGGAGGGGAAGAAACCCAUAGUCGCUUCCAUCACUGCUCUCAUUGCUUCUUUGCUGUUGGAAUGUAUGCAGUGAAGACUGACUUUAGAGUGGAGAAUGUAAAUGGAUGUACAGGAUGCUUCAUUAGUCACCUCAGGUCCUUAGGACUUUGCUACCACAGUUGCUGUUUCUCUCCCCAAACCUGCUGCCCUAAGGAAUAUAUAAAAUAUUGUUGAUAUUUCUAGGUGGUGUUAUCAAGGAGAAGAAAUUCCUGCCUUGACCAGAUGUGUGGAGCAUCUCCAAAUGAACGAAUAGUUAUUUACACAAAGCACUGUACAAAAGCAAGCAUCCAUGAAGCUGUCAGUGUCUCGGGGUAGGAUUAUGAGGCCUUAGGUGCCUUGGGGUACAUUGCUGUGCUGUAGGGGACAUAUAUCAUAAGGUCUUGUGGAAAUGGAAGCUUUCUGUAAGUGAGUGCAAUUUUGUUUGAUUUUUUUUCUGAUUCCUUUUUGUCACUGAGUUUGUUUUGUCAUUGUGGUGACUGGUGGAUUUUUUUUUUUAUUUGGUUUUGGUUUUGGUUAUUGUGUUGUGCUAUAGUCAGAACCCAGUUCUUGUUCUUGUCGCCCUAUAGAGGGCAGUUUAGUAUCUGUAAGGAAGCUUUGAGGAGGCACUGAAAAGGUCAGUGCUACUGUGCCCCCUGCUUCCAGAUAUUUCUUGAGCUCUAAGCAGUGUAUAUGCAGUGUGACGUAACAUAUGCUGUGUCAUUUUGACAAGAGGAAACUCCUGACUAAAAUAUUUCAGAAAUCCAAGUGUGAUCUAUUGUGACAUUAUUUAUUAUUUAUUACACUACGUAGAAUGUCCGUGUUGUUAGAUUUCUUUGAAUGUUGAACAUGGUGGGUGGACUAUUUGUUUAAUAUUCACACUUACCUGCUAGAAUCGUGAUACUCUGUUUUUAAGUGAAUGUAAGAAAGAAACAGAAAAUGAUUAAGCUUAAGUCUUUUGAAAUCUAAAAUCCUUAGAGGUGGUCUGAAGACAUUCACAGACUAGAAAUUAGUGUGCUUGAAGCAAAACCUCUCUUCUAAUCAUUAGAGAACAUCACUUAGCUUGCAGCAGUUCCAUUAUAGAAUCAGGUCUGUUCUUAAGUUUACAUUGUAAUCACUGUCAUAACGGCUAUUAAUGGCUUUAGCUCCCAUGUUGCUUUAGCCUGUGAAAAGCUCAUAAUCCUUCAAACUUAACAUAAAUGUGCUGUUAUAAGAAUCGCCCCCUUGUGUGCCAUUUUAAAGAAACAUUUCUUUGAUGGCACUUGGUGUAUCCACUCUGUUAAUGAACCGUGUUCAAAGGCUUUUGCCUUAAUAAUGGUAAGAGAUGGCUUUGUCUUUCAGAAUAUUUGUCUGCCUUCCCUCUUCUGUCUUAUUUCCUUAAAGGGACCCUUCUGAGUUCAAAUUUAGAGUCCAAAUUUAGAACUGUUAAGAAAUAACCUUUGAAAUGUGAUGGUAUUUAACCAUGGUAAAAAUUCAGUGGUAAGGUACAGCUGUAGCAGAAAACUGAAAUUGUUUAGAUGAGUAUGAUGAGACUGAAGAGGCAGGGGGACUCACCUUACUGUUUUAAGCCAAAUCUUUCAUUAAUGAAUUUAAUUGUUUUAGGUUUUUCUCUGUCAAUUUCAUACAUUCAUAUAAUUCAUUCUUAGUACUCUCACUCCCUACUCUCUCUCAUGUCACUCCCACCCCGUCAAUCCCCAAGUUCCUUUGCCACAUUCUUGUCUUUUCCUUUGUAAACUAACCUUUUGUUAGUGUUGCCCUCUCUAUUGUUUAAGUGGACAAGAAAGCUAAGUUUGUGCAGGGCUUGUUUGGAAAUGAAAGAUGGUAAUAUGCUAAUUGACAGGAGCUUUGUUGCCAGUACCCCUUUAUUUUUAUAUAAAGUCUAAUAUUUGCAGUGUAGUUAGUGUUAUAAAGUAAAAUUCUUUCUUCCUAUUCUCAUAUUAUAUCAUAUAUUUUAAGGUUCUAUUUGAAAACUAGUAGAAGAAAUGAAACCAUAAUAAAAUCCUAUAGUUACUGGUUUUGCUUGACUGACUUACAAAUCACUGUUUUAUGAUAACUGCUUUUGGAAUAAUAGAAAGUUUUGUGAAAUGUUGACCUAGUGUAUAGCUUAAUAUUGUGAAUUUAAUAAAGCAUAUAUACAUGUAUAAAAAGACAAUA